CAUCACCACUCGCCUCUUCAUCGCUCUACCUCAUCUCUUUGCUUCAACUUUUUUUUUUUUUCUCUUCUACAAACUAAAUAACAAUCAUGGUCAACGUCUGCUGUAUCGGUGCUGGUUACGUCGGUGGCCCCUCCAGCGCUGUCAUUGCUUACAAAUGCCAUGACGUUAAUGUCACCAUUGUCGACUUGAACCAGGCGCGUAUUGAUGCCUGGAACUCAGAUGAACUCCCUAUUUACGAACCUGGCCUUGACGAGGUUGUCUUUGCUCGUCGCGGCAAGAACUUGUUCUUCAGCACCAACGUUGAUCAGGCUAUUAUUGAUGCUGACAUCAUCUUCGUUUCUGUCAACACUCCCACCAAGAAGACUGGUAUGGGUGCUGGUAUGGCUGCCGACCUUGCUUACAUCGAGACCGCUACCCGCCGUAUUGCCCAGGUCGCUACCUCAUCCAAGAUCGUUAUUGAAAAGUCGACUGUCCCUUGUCGCACUGCUCAGAGCAUGCGUACUAUCCUCGAAGCCAACUCAAGCAAGAAUAUUCGCUUCGACAUCCUCUCCAAUCCCGAGUUCUUGGCCGAGGGUACUGCCAUCAAAGACUUGACCAACCCUGAUCGUGUCCUUAUCGGAUGUCUUCAAACCCCUGAGGGCUUUGCUGCUCAGCAAAAGUUGGUUGAUAUCUAUACUCGCUGGAUUCCCCAGGAGCGCGUUAUCACUAUGAACUUGUGGUCCUCGGAACUUUCCAAGUUGGCUGCUAACGCUCUUCUUGCCCAGCGUAUCUCUUCCAUCAACGCCCUCUCUGCUAUUUGCGAGGCCACUGGUGCUGACGUUGAUGAGGUUGCCUAUGCUUGUGGUACUGACUCCCGCAUUGGACCUAAAUUCUUGAAGGCAUCGGUUGGUUUCGGCGGCUCUUGCUUCCAGAAGGAUAUCCUUAACCUCGUCUACUUGAGCGAGCAGCUCUUCCUGCCCGAGGUCGCUGCGUACUGGAAGUCUGUUGUCACUAUGAACGAGUACCAAAAGAUGCGCUUCACCCACCGUAUUGUUCGCACCCUUUUCAACACUGUUACCCAUAAGCGCAUUGCUCUUCUUGGCUUCGCUUUCAAGAAGGAUACUGGCGAUACCCGCGAGUCUGCUGCCAUCACUCUUUGCAGCUACUUGAUUCAGGAGCGCGCCAAUGUUGCCGUUUACGAUCCAAAGGUCUCCGCCAAGCAGAUGAAGAUGGAUCUGACCGAGCCUGGUGUUGGUACAAAUGAGGCUGAGGUCGAGAAGCACAUCCAGGUCUGUAGCAGUGCUUACGAGGCUUGCGCGGGCGCUGAUGCUCUCGUCAUCUGCACAGAGUGGGAUGAGUUCAAGAUGGAGCACUUGGACUACAAGAAGAUCUAUGAGUCCAUGCACAAACCUGCCUUCAUCUUUGAUGGUCGUUUGAUCUUGGAUGGACCUAAGCUCAGAGAAAUUGGAUUCCGUGUUGAGACCAUCGGAAAGAGCGUUUAAAAGGAAUCUGCA